GAAGCUGGCGGGAAUUCAUGAAUACAGAAUGUCUCCAUUUCUCAUCUUUCUCUCUCCAAAAUUAAUCCGCUUCAUCUCAAAUUCAAACCCAAAAAUCCCUAAUUUCACCCCCAAAUUACCCUUUAAUUCAUCGUCAUUUUGCAAUCAAGCUAAAUUCGUAAUACCAAGGUUUCAAUUACUUCAUUCUCUCUCCUCUCCGAUAAACCCUAACCCUAAUUUUUCAGAGAGUGAUUCCAAUACUCUCUGCACCAUCCUCAAAAAUCCCAAUUUUUUGUCCAUUUCAGACUUCGUCAAUGCUCUUCAAGAAGCUAAAAUUGAACCCUCUUCGUCUUUAUUGCUGGCAAUCUUCAAGAAGUUUGAUUCGUCGCUGAAUCGGAUUUUCUCAGCCUUCAAAUGGUUAGACAGUCCACCUGGGUAUCAUAUUUCUGCUCCAAUCUUUAAUUCAAUGGUAAAUAUCCUUGCAAAAUCAGGUGAAUUUAUGUGGGUAUUGAUGAUAAUGAUGGAUAAGCUUAAGAGGGGUGAUGGGUCUGAAUUAGUUUCUGCUGAAAAUUUAGGGGUUUUGAUUAGACAUUAUGCUCGUUUAGGUAAAGUAUUAGAUGCUAUUCAUGUGUUUAAGUUUGCUAAUACUUUGGAAAUUGAUGUGUUUGAAUUGUUGUUAAAUGCUUUGUGUAGACAUGGUCAUGUUAGGGUGGCUUCUGAUCUUAUAGAUAGGAAAAUGUGUUUGGAUCCCAGUUGGGUUCCAUCGAUUACUGUGUAUAAUAUGCUACUUAAAGGGUGGUUUCGAGUACAGAACAUAAAACAGGUGGAACGGCUUUGGUUUCGAAUGAGGGGAGAAGAAUUGGUUCCGGAGGUUGUUACUUAUGGUAUAGUUGUUGAUGGUUAUUGUAAGAUGGGUAAUGUUGAUAGGGCACUAGAGUUAGUCGGUGAAAUGAGGAAAGACGGUGUUGCCCCUAACAAGGCGGUGUAUGGUCCUUUAGUGGAUGCAUUAGCAGAAGCAGGAAGGUUGAAGGAGGCCUUAGGGGUGUUGGAGAGGUUUCUAGUUCUAGAGGCAGGUCCGACUUUUUCGACCUAUAAUUCAUUGAUUAGAGGGUUUUGUAAGGCAGGGGAUCUCACCGGGGCAGGUAAGAUUCUUAGGAUGAUGAUUAGUAGAGAUAUUUUGCCAACUGCUAUGACAUAUAACUGGUUCUUUAGGUGUUACCUAAAACAUGGGAAAGUCGAAGAGGGACUCAAUCUUUAUAGAAAGAUGAUAGAGUCUGGUUAUGAGCCGGAUGGUCUGACAUUUCAUUUGUUGUUAAAGAUGUUGUGUGAGGAGGAGAGAUUGGAAUUGGCUAUGCAAAUCAGGAAAGAUAUGAGAUCCAAGGGUUAUGUUUUAGAUUCGGAUUUAAGCACUAUGUUAAUUGACUCGUUGUGUAAAAUGCAUAGGUUGGAGGAAGCUGUGGUGGAAUUUGAGGAAUUGAUCCAAAGAGGCUGUGUUCCCAAGUAUCUUACUUACCAGAAUCUGCAUUGUGAGCUCAAAAAGAAGGGAUUGCAUGACAUGGCUCUAAAAAUUUCGGAAUUAGUGGCUACUGUUCGGUCCUCAACAACUUUGCCAAAUGAAUUUGGAGCUGUAGACACAUUCCAUGAUAGGAGAAAAUCCAUCAUCCAAAAAGCCAAGGCUAUGUCCAAUGUACUGAAGAAAUGCUCAGACCGUGGGGAAUCAGCCAAUCGCGGAAGGUCUUGUAAGAGGUCUUCAGUCAGCAAGAGAAGAAAAAUAAAGAAAUGCUGAAUAAAUACUUUGAAAUGGCAAGGUUUUGCUGCACUUUACUUGGAACGGCGAGUAGACGACCUCGGUGCCGACAGGGGACGGCCUCAGCAGCACCGCCCACUGGCAUUACCUCUUAAGGACUAAGCUCAAUUCUGUCUUCAUCUGUGAGUAUCACUUAGUAAUGUUAUUACCUUCAGUUCUGGUUUGUGAUAAUGGCUAAUACUCCUUCGGCUCCCUAUUGGCCUGGCCAUGCUACUGAUCUUGCUUCUGAGCUGCGCCGAAUUUUGGAGCCUCUUCGUGUUCAGACCUUCCAGAUCGAUAGCUGGACUAAAGAGGAGCUGAUCCGGAGCUUCCUUACUGUCAAGGGGUUCAUUAAGGCCGUUGAACACUUUACUCUGAUUCCUGAUGAGUCUGUGCGAUGUAGUGUUGUGCACAGGGCUAUCACCAAGAAGAAUAUGUUCCAGUCUGCUGAUGUGUACACCUGCAGACAGUUUUACCGGUUUUGCAUUUGGUUAAAGACUUCAGAAGGUAGAGAUGUUCUGAAUGCUGCAUGGAAAACUAGCAAGCUCGAGAAGCAAGCCCGUCCUGGAAUAUCUGUAGCCGAUGUUGCCGAGUUUAAGCAGGCUGUCAAGGAGACUAAUGCCAAGUGUGAUGAUAAAAUUCAAGAGUUUCAGAAGCUGAUCGAUUCUAUGAAGGAUGAACUCCGCAAUGCACCUGUUUCUUAACAUCUUUCUUGCAUCUAUGUUUUGGUUAUUAAUUCUAGUAGAUAUUUGAAUGAUAGUAAUGAAAAGACUCGAGAAAUUGCAAAUUAUGUUUUGCUUUUCUACUUUAUAUGACUUCUUCACAAAACAUGACAACUGCAAAAGAACAACACUAAGUUUGGGGUACAUGGGUUAGAACUUAGAACUAGAAUUUCAUUGCAAUCAUUCUUGUGUUUAUGGUUCUUUUUAAAAGUUAAAAUUAGGGAUUUGUUAAACAUCGCCCGCAAAUCUCCACAUAAAGCCCACAAAAUUCACUUGAUUU